AUGAAGAUUCAUCUCUUUUUCUUUAUUCUACUCUUUGGGGUCACAAUUCUACCAGCAAGAAAAAAAUUUCCACAGUAUGGUAGCGUGGAUAUGAGGAGAGAGUGCGUAAAGGGUAAUGGUCGAUGUAAAACUCAGUGCCAUGCAUCUGAAGUUAGGAUUGCUUACUGCAUAAGACCUGGAUCUCUUUGCUGCUUGCAGAAGUAA